GUUGUUGUCUGCGGCAGAUCAGCUGUUACCAUUAAGUCCCCAACUUCUCUGGUCCACUAUGAAGCGGUUAGGCCAUAUAACUAAGGACCCGAAAAUAGUUUUUCAUCUAACUCCUCUCCAUACAAUAUUCCUCAGUUUAUAUUUUGAACGGCUCAGAACUCCUACUAUCUAGUUUAUAAACCGUUUUAACGGGAUUUAAAAAAAAAAUAAAGAAAAUCCGAAACGUGAUAGGCUGGAAUUUACUUCACCGUAGAAUUUUCAAUGAGAACAAUGACUUUGUUUUUCCGUUUUUCCGGAGGAAAAUGACCUUCGGGUCUCAGCUCAAGAUACGGUCCAUGGGAUUGGCGGUUCCCAGCUGUAGCACGACCCAUCACAGUAAUUAAGUUGUUUCGAGUCCAAAAAGCUGACUUCUCAUGAUGCCAGGAAAAUGACAAAUAAUCAAGGUAAGGGAAUGUCAAACUAUUCGAAAAAAAUUCUGCAUAUUUUUUUUCUCGAAAAAUUGUAACAUCUCAGUGAUACUCCCAUAUCUUUAUCAUCACUCGAAAAAAUUGACGUUUUUCGAUCAUUCUCCUGCACGCCUUUCCUGAUAACAGUCACAUUCAAUUUAACCUUCUAUAACCUUUAAGUUUUAAGUAUUAUAAACAAAAUUCCUUUUCAAUAUGAGGCACAAAUUUUGAUUUAGGCUUCAAAAUCUGUUUAUCUGCGCACUAUAGAGACUAUAGGACAGCAAAAUAGGAUAUCUGUGCAUUCCCGCAACAUAUGUUUAAAGGAUGUCCAAUCCUAAUGAUAACGUUAAGAAAUUGAUAUUGAUUUGGAACACAAGACAUGAAACAUACUCGAUGUCAACGAUAGGUUAGAUGAAACUGAAAAAUCAACAAUGCCUCAAAACGUGGAAAAGAAUAAUUCAUUUUCUGGAUUUAAUUGCUGUGGGAUGGAGCUCAAUAGAGAAUUUUAUGAAUUCGAAAAAAAUGCUUCGGUAAAAGGACACCAGGGCCGGGACGUGGACUCGUGGUUCAUGAUGUCCAGUAUAUGGCCCGCCGCGGCGCUCACCUCGGCCUACCUCUACUUCGUCAUCGUGGCCGGUCCCCGCUGCAUGAAGGGCAGGAAGCCAUACAGCCUCAAGCCGGUCCUGCUCCUCUACAACCUGGCCCAGGUCGUCUUCUCCGCCUGGAUGGUCGUCAGGGGUUUUCAGGAGACCUACGGAAUCUUCCUCCGGGCGGCGUGCACCCCAAGUUUGCUUAACCCCAAAACAGCAUAUGCGGUAGACUCGUUAUCUUGGUACUACCUGAUUUCAAAGUACUUCGAAUUUCUGGAUACAAUAUUCUUCGUCCUGAGAGGAAAGUGGAGACAAGUAACCUUCCUGCAUGUCUACCAUCACGCCAACAUGGCGAUAUUCACUUGGAUUUUCGUUAAAUACGUCAGCGGUAUCCAGAUAUUUAUGUUGGGGAUGUGCAACAGCUUCGUCCACGCCGUCAUGUACAGUUACUACCUCCUUGCAGCCUUCGGUCCAAGCAUCAGCAGGUUCUUGUGGUGGAAGAGGUACAUCACCAGGCUUCAAAUAAUCCAGUUCGUGGCAGUUAUUGUCUACCUGUUGUAUCUGUACGUCCAGGGAUGCAAUACACCGCCUGGGUUCAUACUGUUCUCCAUCUGUAACACCUCUUCCUUUCUUGUACUCUUCCUCCUGUUCUACGCUAAGGCUUAUGCUGACAAGAAGAAACUCCAGGAAUGAACAUUGAUGGCUCACUAAGGUCUAUUGUCCACGGAAAGUUGAUUGAAGGCUGUAUUUGAGCAUGUAACAGUUAUGUUACAACUAUACCUGAAUAUGCAACAGUCCUCUCUAAUCUUGGUCGAUGCAAGCAAUAAAUAAAAAGAAAGAAAUAACAUAAAAAUUAAAUAAAAUAAACACCAUAAAUCUGUUUUAUUUGUUAUACUGUAAUAUUGCAGUAAAACAGUCUUUUUAAUAAUUUUUUUUAGUUUCCAUGCAGAUAAGGCAUGGAAAUGUAAUUAUGUUUGAGAGAUGUAUGAUGUAAAUUAUAUUUAUAAAUUGUAAAUAAAAUAUAUUGUUAUUAGUUUGUGGAUAGAUACUAGAGUUAAAAUAGAUGGAUUAAACUCAUCAAAUUUAAGUAAAUAUACUAUUUAAUUUUAAAUAAUCUUGUGAUAGGUACUUCAAAAUUAUUUUUAAACAAAAAAUUGAGACAUACAAAGUCAUAAAAUUGUGAUAAAUUAUAUUUUGUUUAGUAAUAGAGGUAAUUUAAGAUAAAAUGAUGUAUAGAUACUUUUAUCAGAUGUUCUAUUUUUAUAUUAAGAGUAAAGUACUCUAAUUACAAAUAUAAAUUUCUUUCUAAAUUGUCCCUGUUUCAG